AUGUCAUAUCCCUAUAAAUAUACUGCACGCUCGAACAAGGAAGAGUUGGUUGAAGCAUUCAAGGGCAAGAAACUAGCAGAUCUACCAACACCUUCUUUCAUCGUUGAUAGAAGAAUAUUCAAAGAGAACUGUGAAAAAAUGUUGCAAAAUGCUAGCCAUCUCAACGCAGACUUCCGUGCUCACGUCAAGACUCAUAAGUGCCUCGAAGGAGCCUUACUGCAACUCGGAUCGGGAACGUUGAAAACUAAAAAGGUCGUGGUAUCAACACUAAUUGAGGCAUGGGGCCUCCUGCCAUUAAUUGAAAAAGGUUUGAUCACUGAUAUUCUCUUCAGUUUGCCCGUUGUUAAAAGUAAACUUCCAGAGUUAAGUGAGCUAGGUGCUCUAGUUCCUCAUUUGAGAUUAAUGGUGGAUAACAAGGAGCAGUUGCAGAUUCUCGCUGAAUAUAGUAAAACGCAUAAUAUCCAGAAAAAAUGGUCUUUAUUUGUCAAGAUCAAUAUGGGCACAGACCGUGCUGGGUUUGAAGGAAGCUCAGGACUUGAGGACGCAUUGAAUUUGUUACUCAAGUCACCGGUCAAGGAAUACCUAUCCUUAUACGGUUUCUACUGCCAUGCUGGUCAUUCUUAUGCAUCCUCAUCAGAGGAUCAGGCAAAGUCAUUUCUUCUAAAAGAAAUUUCCAGCGGCAAUAACGCAUGCGAGAAAGCCGUUGGCGUCGACCCUUCUUUAAAACUGCAACUUUCUGUUGGUGCCACUCCCACAGCUCACGCAUCACAAAGUCUAGACAUAUCGUCAAUUGGAAAACUAUAUGGAAAUCUAGAGCUCCAUGCUGGAAACUAUCCAUUUUGUGACCUCCAGCAGAUGAGCACCCAUUGUGUGGGUUUGGAUCGAGUAUCUUGCAGAGUGCUUGCUGAGACACUCUCCUCUUACCCUGGCAGAGGAUCAAAGCAACCUGGUGAACAAUUAGUCAACGCUGGAGUUAUCGCCCUAGGAAGGGAAUCAGGGCCCUUGCCUGGUCAUGGGAGAGUUUUUUCUCCAAGUGGAUAUGAAAACUGGAUAGUGGGCAGGUUGAGCCAGGAGCACGGUAUUCUGACACCUUUGGAAGAGAAGGACACAGAAAUGAUCCCUUUGGGAACAAAAAUUCAAAUAGUUCCACAGCAUAGUUGUAUUACAGCAGCUUCAUAUCCGUGGUUUUUCAUAGUUGACCAAGGAGACGUCGUAGUUGAUAUAUGGGUUCCUUGGAGAGGCUGGUAA